AUGGGAACAGUGGCACUUGAUGCCAUGGUGUUCAUCGCUGUGGGAAUAUUGGAAGAAUCUGCAACAACAACGCCGCGAGUUUUAUCGAUUGUUUCUUCGGUUUUCGAGAGAUCCAUUCGAAAGAAUGAGAAAUUAAUUAGGAGAUCAAAGAUGAAAGAUGUGAUUACAAUGUUCCAUGCAUCAGAAGUUCCCGCCUUGAGCAUCAGACGGUAUAUCGAGCGCAUUUUCAAGUACUCAAGCUGCAGCCCUUCUUGCUUUGUUGUUGCGUACAUAUACAUCGAAAGGUUCCUUCAACGCAGAGGGAUUUGUCUUACUUCUCUCAACAUUCACCGCCUUUUGAUCACCAGCAUUAUGGUCGCUGCAAAAUUUAUGGAUGAUGAAUGUUAUAGUAACGCCUACUAUGCCAAAAUUGGAGGUGUGAGCUUAUCAGAGUUGAACAAAUUAGAGAUUGAAUUCUUGUUGAGUCUGGAUUUUAAACUCCAUGUAACUAUAGACAUGUUUGGAAAGUACUGUCGGCAGCUUGAGGAUGAAGGUGUUGAAGAUAAACAAAUUAGUCGCUUAAUGAGGGUGUCCAGCAUCCGUGGAGACUGA